UAACCAUCCUUCUCCAGGGCAGAAGGCAGAGGGGCAGCUGGGUGAAAGAGAUGAAACACAAAGUUGCAAACCAGGAUAGCUUGUUGCUUAAAAGCCCAGCAGCCUAGGAGAGAGAUCAAGAAUGAGAGAUGUCAUUGGUACCAGUGGGUUUGUUGAGGGCAUUUCAACAAAUGAAAUUCAAAGCAUGCAGGUGGGACAAGCAGACGCAUCUGAUUCUGAUGGACAUCUACCCAGCAAGCUGCAUAACUUCCUUAAAAAGAAUCUGCAAUCCCUGGGUGUAGCUCAGAUAAUGAUUGGUCUGAAAUGCUUCUUAGCUGGCAUCAUCGAGAUUUUUUUCUACUGGUACAUUAAGGACAGGAAUCUUUUAUUUUGCUUUUAUAUUGGCUACCCAUUCUGGGCUGGAGCGUCUUUCAUCAUGUCUGGAUCUUUGACCAUCUCAUGUACAAAAAAACAAACAAAAUUUCUGACUGGAGUGACUAUUGGAGCUAACAUUAUCAGCACACUACUUUCAAGCACUGGGAUAGUUCUUCUCUCAGUGAAUUUAGUUGAUGUAUUCUUAUCUGAAUGCUCAGAGUUACGUGAGUGUUCACUGAUUAAAACCUUUGUAAGUGUUAUCGUGAUCUUUCAAAUGAUAGUGACUUGUGUGCAAAUUUUUAUUUCCUUCUCACUCUGUGGGCUCACUUAUACUGUGCAUGGCAAUGAGAUCAGCUGGAUUUCUGCACUAAGUUGCUUGAUCAGAUCACAUUCUGAAGAUCCUUAUCAAGAUUUAUUGACUCAACCUGAAAUUUAUGAAGACUUAGCACUUCAAGAUAUAGAUCCUGUUCACUCUGAUCUGUGAGACACCAUCAUAAUCAUCUUUACCACACUGGGGCAUCUUGGAUCCAUGAUGGCAACCAAAGACAGAUUUUCUGUUAGGAAUCUCCUACAAAUACCCUCCUUCCCACAGAUUUCAUCAUGCAAUUUCUCUCUCUCUCUCUCUCUCACACACACACACACACACAC